AUGGCCUUGAGGAACCACAGCACCCUCACCGAGUUUAUUCUCGUUGGACUAUCUGAUGACCCCCACAUCGAGGCUCUGCUGUUUGUGCUUUUCCUGGGGAUUUACCUCCUGACCCUGAUGGGGAACCUGAUGAUGCUGCUGGUGAUCAGGGUUGAUUCCCACCUCCACAAGCCCAUGUAUUUCUUCUUGAGUAAUCUGUCAUUCCUAGACCUCUGCUUAUCUUCUGUCACCGUGCCCAAGCUAGUGGAGGACCUCCUAUCUGAGAAGAAAACUAUCUCAGUAGAGGGCUGUCUGACUCAGGUCUUUUUUGUGUUUCUUACUGCAGGAAAUGAAGCCUGUCUGCUUUCAGUGAUGGCCUAUGACCGCUAUGCCGCCAUCUGCCAUCCCCUGCUCUAUGGCCAAGUGAUGAGCAACCAGCUUUGUGUGAAGCUGGUGCUAGCCUCCUGGGGCCUGGCCUCUCUCAACUCAGUGGCCAUUGUGCUCUUGGCUAUUAACCUGGACUUCUGUGAGGCCCAAACCAUACACUACUACACCUGUGAGCUGCCCUCCCUCUUCCCUCUGUCUUGCUCUGAUAUCUCCAUCAAUAUCAGUAUCUUGUCCUUCUCCACUAUACUGCUUGGGCUUGGAAACUUCCUUCCAAUCUUCUUCUCCUACAUCCGUAUUAUAUCCAACAUCCUGAGCAUCAGCUACAAGACAGGCAGAAGGAAGUCCUUCUCCACCUGCUCCUCCCACCUCAUUGCAGUGAUCCUGUUCUUCGGCUCAGGUAUGCUUCGCUAUCUCACGCCUCCCUCCGGUUCCUUCCUGGAUUUGCUCUCUUCCUUGCAGUACAGUGUGAUCACACCCAUGCUGAAUCCCCUCAUCUACAGCCUAAAGAAUAAGGAGGUAAAGAUAGCCGUGAAAAGGAGAUUGGGGAAAUAUUUGCAAUAUUUUAGGUGGUGA